GUUAACUAUAAAUAACAAGUGUGUUUUAUUUAAAAAUAAUAUUCUGUUACUUUUUCAUAAAAGUUGACAGUAAACAAUGAUGCAGACUAUCGUGACUUUGUUCUACGUGGUUGCUUGUGUUUAUGCAGUAUCGUGGCCGAGGGGAAAAUAUACUUUGGUAAAACCUAAAUCAGGCUGUCCAUCCGGAUGGGUUGAAGGAUGGCGAUUACAGGACAACGAAGAUGACAAAGGCAACAUAAACUCGGUAUCCAGUGGUCAUCAUUUUUACGGUGGAUUUACCAAGAACACAAAAACAUAUUACUGUUCAAAAAUUCGCGAGGAGAAGGUUAUAGAUUGGACCAAAUGGGAAUUACUACCAUGGCCAAAAGGAACGUACUGUAUACUAAGAAAAGGAGGAUCGUGUCCAAAAGGAUUUGCAAACGGACAUGUUUAUUGGGAUGAUGAGGAUGAUUCUGGCAGUUAUAAUAGUUUAGGUGGAACCUUGCCGGACGGAGCAUAUGGAAGGAACACAUUGAUACAAUACUGCUGCAGAUCUGAUGGACCAACUAAUAUAGCAAUAGAACUUCCCACAUCUAAACCGUUCUAUCUUGUGAGAAAAUCAAACACUUGUCAGCAGGUGAAAGGAAUGAAUGUCCGCAAUGAAUAUAUAAGGACAGACGACGAAGAUGAUGCAGGUAACGCAAACAGCUGGGCCGGAAGCUACCCAUCUAUAGAGGGAGGCAAGAAUAUACGUAUGAAUUAUUGCUAUUAUGCAUAAAGUCAUGCAUUAUAUAUGCACUUUGACAGAAAUUUGUUAAUUUGUCACAAAUGUAAAAUCAAGAAACGAUUACCACUGUUUAUAUUUUAUUAUUUAUCUUUUUUUUUUAUUCUUCAAAUAUCAUAAGUGUUUUAAGUUAAGCUUACAUCUAUUAUUUCUAUCAGAGAAAAAAAUCUUCAUGAUGAUUAUUGAAUUUAACAAUUAUUUGAUAAAGUGUUCGAUUAUUUUAUCAUAACAGGAAACCACAUGCAAAUCAAGUUUAAUCGUUAGACAGUAAUCGAAUUAUCUACAUUUUUGUUUAUAUUUGAACGGCCAAUUACUAAAAAAUACAAGUUAGUGCCAAAAUACUUCUUUUAAGUCUUUAAACAAAUACAUGAUGAUUAUUGUAA